UGAUGAAUACUUUUUUUGAGGUUAGAUGAUAAAUUAAAAUAAAAUCAGCUGUUUAUUAUAAAGGCAAUGAAGCUGUGAAGCUUAAUAAAUUUAUAUAAAUAAAAAUGUAUUAAUAUUUGUUGUUAUUAUGCAAAAAUAAUGAUAAAUAUUCUAGUUGAAAAAAUAAAUUAACAAAAUGACAACAAACAUUUGUGCAAAUCGUUUUUUAACAAAUAAAUUUAAAACAAUUUUCAGUAAUUUUAAUAAUCAAUUUAAUAAUAAUAACAGAUAUUGUAGAAAAUUAAUAAAAUUAAGAUUAUAUUCAACAACAGAUAAAGAUGAUCUUAAAGAAUACAAUACACCAAUUGAAAAAAUUCGUAAUUUUGGUAUAAUAGCACAUAUUGAUCAUGGUAAAAGUACACUUGCUGAUCGUCUUAUGGAAAUGACUGGUGCAAUAAGAGCAAAUACUGGUGCACAUCAAGUACUUGAUAAUUUACAAGUUGAAAAAGAUAGAGGUAUAACAGUUAAAGCACAAACAGUAUCACUAAAAUAUACAUACAAAGGUGAAGAAUAUAAUUUAAAUAUCAUUGAUACACCAGGACAUGUUGAUUUUUCAAAUGAAGUUGAAAAAUCAUUAGCAGCAUUAAAUGGUGUUAUAUUACUUGUUGAUGCUAAUGAUGGUAUACAAGCACAAACAGUUGCUAAUUUUUAUUUAGCAUUUGGUAAAGAUUUGGUUGUUAUACCAGUUAUUAAUAAAAUUGAUUUAAAAAAUGCUAAUCCAAGUAAAGUUAUACAACAAUUAAAAACAUUAUUUGAUAUUGAUGAGGCUGAUGUUAUUAAAAUAUCAGCUAAAAUGGGUACAAAUGUUGAUAAAUUACUUGAAGCUGUUGUUGAAAGAAUACCAUGUCCAAAAGUUGAUAGAAAAAAACCAUUUCGUGCAUUAAUAUUUGAUAGUUGGUUUGAUCGUUAUAGAGGUGCUAUUAUGAGAAUUUUUGUGGCUGAAGGAACAUUGUCUGUUAAACAAAGUAUAACAUCAAUAUAUACAGGAAAAUCUUAUGAAAUUAGAGAAUUAUUAAUGCAUCGACCAGAAGAAGAAAAAGUUAAAACUCUUUUUGCAGGACAAGUUGGUUGUAUUGCUUGUAAUAUAAGAACAUCAUCAGAAGCACAUAUUGGUGAUACUCUUCAUGUUAAAAAUAUACCAGUUGAACCACUUAUUGGUUUUGAACCAUCAAAACCAAUGGUAUUUGCUGGUAUAUAUCCAACAGAUCAAUCACAACAUAUUGAUUUACGUAAUGCACUUGAAAAACUUGUUUUAAAUGACAGUGGUGUUACACUUGCUGUUGAAACAAGUCCAGCACUUGGUCAUGGUUGGAGAUUAGGAUUUUUAGGAUUACUUCAUAUGGAAGUAUUUUGUCAACGAUUAGAACAAGAAUAUGGAGCAGCACCAAUAAUAACAGCUCCAAGUGUAACUUAUAAAGCUAAAAUAAUUGGAAGAGAUAAUAUAAAACAACAUAAAACUGAUGAAUUAACAUUUAAUAAUCCACUUAAUUAUCCAAAUCCACAAAUUGUUGAACAAUUUUAUGAACCAUUUGUCACUGGUACUGUGAUACUUCCAGUUGAAUAUCUUGGACCUGUUAUGAGUUUGUGUUUAGAAAAAAGAGGAGUUGAAGAAUCAACAAAAUAUAUUGAUAAUGAUAGAAUAAUGAUACAAUUUGUUUUUCCAUUAAAUGAAAUUAUCAUUGAUUUUCAUGAUAUUUUAAAAUCAAUAACAUCAGGAUAUGCUAGUUUUGAUUAUGAAGAUAAUGGCUAUGUUGAAACUGAUAUUGUUAAAUUAAGUGUUUUAUUAAAUGGUUUAUGUGUUGAAGAAUUAAGUACAAUUGUUCAUUAUUCAAGAGCUUCUGAUGUUGCUAAACACAUGGCAACUAAAUUAGUUAAUAUUAUACCACGUCAACAAUUUCAAAUUGCAAUUCAAAUAACUGUUGGAUCAAAAAUUCUUGCAAGAGAAACAUUGAAGCCAUUUAGAAAAGACAUUACAGGAAAAUUGAAAUCUGGUGGUGAUAUUCAACGACGAAGAAAAUUACUUCAACAACAAGCUGAAGGCAAAAAAAAGCUGCGAAUGAUUGGUAAUAUAUCUUUACCUCGAGACACUUUUAUUGAUAUUUUAAAGAGAUAAAAACAAUUUUAAUGAUACAAUGAUCAUUAAUGUAACAUAAUAUUAUGAAUAAAAAAAAUUGUUAAUGAUAUUAAUUAAUAUUAUCAAUGAAA